AUUCAUUAGUUGUUCGACAGCUAUAGCAAAUAACACCAGCUACUUUGAACUUAUUGCUUGUGAACGUGUAGAAAUAGACGAACCAUAGAUGGCUUUUUUACGUGUGUUUGCCUGUUAACCGCGGGCCUAGCGCGCAGAUAACGCACGUAGUCCCCCUCUGUCUUUGAGAGCGCGGGGUCGAUGUUUACCUGCUGUCGUCGUCAUCUUUGGCGUUGUUAGAUAUCGUUGUUUGUCGUGACGGAGGAGAAAAUGGGCCAGGAGCAGAGUUCUGGGAUAAAGCAGGCCUUUCAGAGGCUUGACACAGAUCAUAACGGGACCCUCAACCUUGGCGAUGUGUUGACCAUACAGGCGGUCGGGGGCGUGGAGCACCUCAUACACAAUAGCCCCCUUCUUUUGUACAGAUUCGACAAGGAGGGGAAUGGGUCGAUCAACCGCCAGGAGUUUACCAAGCUGCUGACCUACAUCAAGUCGAAGGAGAAGGAGAUACGAAGUCGCCGGAACGGCGAGCAGAGGAAGCACUCCAGGGUUUGGUCCACGAUAUCGAGAGAGACGGCGUUGGAGUUUCAGCUGAGCCGCGAGGAGGCCACGCCGGCGCUCACGGGGAACAGACCGUAUUGCGACGAUAAUGCGCCGGCGCUGGAGGACAGCGAGGAGUACGAGUUGGCGUUGGAGAUUUUACAGGACACGGUGGAGUACUUCAACUACAUAGUGAGGAAUCCGGAGGGGAGGAACAAGUUUUUGAAUUGGUUGUUUAGGCUGGCGGAUUUGGACAACACGAAUAGGGUGUCGGUGACGGAGUUGGCGGUGAUGAUUCAGGCGCUGAGACACGAUGGGAUCAAUCCGGAGGACCUGAUAUACGAUUCUGGGAGCUUUUUGGACGCGGCGUCUGCGAGGGAGGGGUUGGAGAAUUACGACAUGAUUUUGGCGUCGCAGCUUUUGCAAGAGUACGACGUUGAUUCUAAGGGUUACUUGACGCCCCGGGAGUUCCACGUGUUGGCGAGCUUGAUUGUGCGGAAUUACGAGUCGCGGAACGAGGAUUUGGAGUUGCUUUUUUCGGACUAUCAUCUGGAGGGUUACAAGUUCAAGCGCCGGCUGGCCAAGGGGUCCAAUGGCGACGUGAGGUUGGCGGUGGAGCUCAAGACGGGCGUCUGGAAGGCGAUCAAGAUUCUGCCGAAGGGGAACGUGGCCGACCUUUCUAGGAUUGACACGGAGAUCAAGGCGAUGAUGAUGUUGAAGCACCCGCACGUGGUGAGCUUGGAGGAGGUGCUUGAGGAUGAUACGCACGUGUUUUUCGUGAUGGAGUUUUGUGGCGGAGGGAACGUGUCUGAUUACUUGGGGGGGAGGCCUAUUAGCGACGAGUUGGCCCGGUUUUACUUUUCGCAGAUCGUGCGGUCCGUGCAGUACUGUCACGAGCGGGGCGUGGCGCACAGGGAUUUGAAGUUGGACAACAUUUUGCUGGACAACGACUCGAACGUGAAGAUUUCCGAUUUUGGACACGCUGGCAUUUACCGCAAGGGUUGGGAUUUGUUUUCCACGCCGCUGGUGGGUGGGUUGUGUCAUUUGGCGCCGGAGCAGAUUGCCGGGAGGCCCUACCCGGGCGAGAAGCACGACGUGUGGUCUUUGGGGGUCAUUUUGUUUAUUUUGUUGUCUGGGACGCCGCCGUUCAAGGCGACGAAUCCGGUGCAGUUGAUAGACGACAUUCAGCACCUGAGGUACCAGUUGCGCCCGGGGGUGCACGCGGACGCGGAGGGUCUCAUCAGACAGAUGUUGACGUUGGACCCGAACAUGAGGCCGACGGUGAAGGAGAUUGCUCGCCACCCGUGGUUGAAGGGGACGAUGGUCACGCCCAUAUUGACGCGUUUUAACUUGUUGUUGCCCAAGCGUUUUUGGGUGAAGUACAAGUGCACGUGCGAGUCGCUGUGCUACGUGUUGAAGUACUUGGGGAUCGAGCCGGUGUUCAACCCGCUGACGAUCAAGGCGGUGGAGGACGAGCACGGCGUGGUUAGGUGUCACUGGCCCGCGAGGGGCGUCAAGUUCAGCUUUAAGGUGGAGAGGGACAGUGAGGACGUGGAGAUGUUGGAGUUCAGGUUGUCGAGUGGGGCGUCGAGGGACUUUUUGUCGUUAUUUCCGAAGUUGCGUUGGAUAGUGUCGAAUUUGGGUUCGAAGAACUAUGUUCACCUGUGCAAGAGCGACAGCAAUAUUUUGACCGAGGACAAGAGUUUGAGCGUGUUGGAGAUUGUGUCUUACCGGAAGCGUGACCAGAGGAAGAAGCCGUUUGGCGUGGCGGAGGUUUCGAUUUACCCGUACGGAGGUCGAGGUGAGGAGGGUGCCGCGGGCGAGAUGCGGAGGUGCGUUUCGGACGUGAAGUCGGAUGGUUUGAGCAGGCCCGCGCCCCAGACCGACUGCAGGGGGGGAAGUGCUGGGGAGCCUUCGUUUGACGCGCGUUCGCUGAAGUCGUCGCUGUCGUCUCGGGAGGAUGCUCGCCAGCAGUCGUCCGCGCCGGGGUCUGAUUCUGCUGAGAAGGAGUGUCGGAGAGGGGGAGGAGCGCACCAUCACCAUCAUCACCACCAUCACCGAAACGGUCGUCGUCACCGCAGAGAGUUUCACUCGAAGGAUCACAGCGCAUCCCCCACUGAGGGGAGGGGUUCUUCGUCCGACUCCUCGGUUCACAAGUCAUAUUUGAAGCCCAAGUAUCGAGCGUGCGAGAUGGAGGGCGAGGCCGUGAAGGAGGCGGUGCGAUACGAUGACCGCCACGACUGGAAGAGCGCGUCGUCCGCCGCCAGUUGUCAAUCCGAUCCGGGGAUGAGAUAUUCUCGGAGGGGGGAGGCAGCGGGUGGCAGAGAUUCCUCGUCGGUGAGGAGUGGGGGAGACGAGCAUGUCCGCGAGAUGUCCAGGGAUGGUUCCAAGCAAGAUGUCCUUCAGUCGUCCAAGUGUCGACAUCGACAGGGUUGAGGAGGGAGUUAGUUUUCGUGAGAGAAUGUAAGAAUGUAUGUGAGAAAGGGUGUCAUUUUUUGAGAAAGAGGUUAUCUCCCCGAAUGUGGCGGGGGG